AUGAAGAUUAAUGUAGAUAUUUGCUUGCUGACGAGCAUACCUGUGACGAUGUCAAGAACAAGUCAUUAUAAAAGAUUCUACCCAAACAUCGUAGUUGAGGCUUGUGGGAUCGAAAAAGCAGAGAUUGCUCAACAAGUUCAUGUCUACAUCAGUCUAACGGCAUGUUUUUCAUGUCUUACAACAAUUCCCAAGCGUCAAUAUGUCAAAAACGAUAUCAUUAAUGUGAGUAGAAAGAAAGAAUGUGAAUGUGAAAAAAUAUGUGUUCGUUCGAUUGAGGAGAAUCACCGUUGUAAAGGAAAGAAAAAUAAUAGAGAACUGAUGUCGUCACCAAAAACCAAAGCUAACACAUGUUUUGCAGAAGGCAGUAGAGAGAAAAUUAAUAAUAAAAAAAGGCAACACAAACUAAGUUUUGUAUUGAAAAAAUGCCGGUCAAAAGAGAGAAGCAAAAAAAUGAAAAAAACCAUAAGAAUUUCUCUUGUCUCAACUCAAACCAUUACACUAGCACAAAUUUUAAAAAUAUAA